AUGUUUUAUGUUGUUGUGGUCUUGUCUUUGGCAGAUGACAGUCACUGUGAUGCAGAGGCUGACCAGACCGUUCCACAGUCAGAGACACCUAUGCAUAAAGAUGCUGACACUCAGUGGGAGGUUCAGGCACUGAUGGAUCACACCUACAUAUUAGGAGAAAAUAUAAAGGAUGUAUGCCACAGGGAAACGCAAUGUGGUGGAAUCCCUUGCCUUUUUGCCUUUUUUGAUCAUGUUAAAUAUCUGGAACAGUUCUAUAAAGCAAACUUUAAGAUGCACGUACUGGAUGAAAUAUUGAUGACCAUGAUGAAACUUAAGUUGAAUCUACUCCAGGGUGAUCUUGCAGAACGCUUUGCUCUGUCCCAAGGGUUAGUGAGCAGGAUCCUCUCCUACUUGAUAGACACAAUGGAGGAGCACAUGAGAAUCUACAUUCCUUGGCUGCCACGGGAGACAAUCCGGAGCACAAUGCCUAAGUGCUUCAGGGAGAAGUUCCCCAACACCACCUGCAUCAUUGACUGCACUGAGACCACCCUGCAGAAACCACACAACCUUGACUCCAGAGGCGAGUCAUACAGCCAUUAUUAUUCCACCAAUACUAUAAAGUAUUUAGUUGCUAUUGCCCCAUGUGGGCUUGUUAUGUUCAUUUCACCUACUUAUGGAGGCAGGUGCAGUGACAAGUUCAUCACUCAGGAGUCUGGCUUCCUGGAGUACCUUCAUCCUGGCGAUGAAGUGAUGGCAGACAGAGGCUCUACCAUCAGAGAUCUGCUUUUUGAGAGAAGGGUUAACCUUGUUCUGCCAGCAUUCAUUCAUAAAGGAGGGCAGUUGUCUGAUGAGGAUGUAACUGCCACAAGGAGGAUUGCAAAUGUGCGCAUACAUGUGGAAAGAGUUAUCAGGAGGCUCAAAGUGUUCAAAAUAAUCUCCCAGACUGUACCCAUCAACUUGGCACACAAAAUGGACAAAAUCCUCAGAAUCUGUGCAGCCUUUGUAAACAUGCAGGGGGAAAUCAUCCACGAGGAUGAUGAGUAA